GGGCCGGUUGUUUUUGUGUCUGGCAGACGGAGCCGUCAGCUGUGGAGGUUGUCUCUCUGUACUGUCCUGGUUCAAAAUAAAGACCGGAAAAUAAAGGCAACGGAUCCUCUGCAACAGGACGGGAGAUGGACAACAGUAAACGGAGUGUGGUCGUUACAGGUUCGUCUUCUUUUUCCAGCCAUUGUUGUCGUGUGUGUCGGCGGACUGAACAUCGGGGUGAAGUGGAGGAAAAGUUGUGGAGAUGACAGCUGCAAGCGGUUUUGGGCCAUUUGGAGAGCACACGAUCAACGCCAGCUGGAUAGCAGUACAAGAACUGAAGAAGCUCGGACUGGGCAGUGAAGUGGACCUGCAUGUGUCCGAGGUUCCUGUAGAGUACCAGACAGUCCAGAGUUUGGUUCCUUCAUUAUGGAAGAAGCAUCAUCCACUGUUGAUAGUUCAUGUUGGAGUCUCAGGUAUGGCCACCACUGUCACGUUGGAGAAGUGUGGCAGAAAUCACGGCUACAAGGGCCUGGACAACAGCAGCUUCUGUCCUGAUACACAGUGUUGCAUUGUGGGAGGCCCGGACUGUAUCAACUCAGUUAUUGACAUGGAAUCAGUCUGUAAGAGAGUGAGCGCCUCGGGGCUGGGAGUAGUUGUGUCCGUCUCCAAAGAUGCUGGAAGGUAUCUAUGUGAUUUCACCUACUACACGUCUCUGUACCUGAGCCAUGGUCGCUCUGCCUUCGUUCACGUGCCUCCUCUUGGAAAGCCUUACAGCGGGGAAGACCUGGGCCGUGCGCUGCAGGCCAUCAUCCAGGAGAUGCUGGAGCUUAUGGACCAGGCCGAAGAGAAAAUCCACUGCCAGCAGCACUUCCACUAAGUGACCUCCAGAUGCCAACCAGCCUCUCCGGCCCUCACCACAAAAGAGAAAUUGCACUUAACCACAAGUAGCCAAACUUCUUCUCUUUUUUUGUUUUUGUUGUCUUUACUUAGACAGAAUGAAAACUUCAGUGUAUCGCAUGUUUCCAGCGUUUGUUUCUCUUUGUCUUAGAUUUCUGCUUCAUGUUUCUCUCGCCCUGACUUACUUAUGUUUUAAUGUCUCCCGAUGGUGAGAAAAUAUAAAAUGGGAGUCUCAAGCCAAACUGUGCUGUUUCACACUUGAUGUUGAAUUUUUUCUUGAGUCCUUUUUCUUUAUAAGAAGUUGUUAUUUUGCCUUCUUUUUCAAAGGUUAUUUAAUCAGGGAGCGGGUUGGUUCCAGCUCAUAUUCCCCCCAGUUUUGUCGGCCCAAUUCUGACAGAAAACCCCCAAAUCCACCAUCCAAUUGUAUUAUAGCUGCACAAUUAGAAAAUAUGGAGCAUUGCGAUUAUUGUACCACAUACAUUUUCAGAUUGAAUUAAAUCAUUUCCUCUGAGGGAGUUUUGUCUUGAAGCACAACUUCAACACCAAAGCAAGACACAAAAUAUACUAUUAGUGUUAUUUUGAAAUAAAAGUACCUCACUCCUCAUUUAAUAUAAUGAGUUGCUUACGUUUUAUCUUAAAUACCUAAACAAAUUGUUUUAAACAACUUGCAACAUUUCAAGACAAAACCUGCAAAAUCCCAAAAACAUUUGUGCAGCGCUCAUUUUUAUCCCUUUAUCAAAAGCUUUCCGUUGUUCCCUUCAUUGAAUCAGAUAUAGCUGCUUAUUUCACCUGAGGAUUUGAUCUGAUGAAGUUGGACUCUCAGUUCAGUCAGAGUUGGGCCUGUAAUUUUAUUUCUGUAGCACUUUUCUUUUUCUUGUUUUUUACUUAAUCUGGAAUAUGGACAGCAAUUUUAGCCAUGUGAAUUCUUGCAUUUAGUAUUUUUAUUUUCCGUCACUUUACCCUGAAAUAUGUAGCUUCCAGAUAUACACGCAUUUAUUUUUUAUCUUUUUUUGCCAACAAUUAUAAUUAUUAUGCAUGUGAUGUACGUAUACUUUGUAGGUGAGUUUUUCUUUAUUUUCCUGCGCUCUGUUUUGUUCUGACCUGUUAAACAAACUGCAGCAGAUUCCUUCACUGUUUGGGAUGGUGCCUCUUCCAGGUGUAAAUGUUAUGUUGUAUGGCUUUUUUUAAUUAUUGGAUUGUCUUCUGUUUCACUGUGUAAACCAGCUGAGUCGUCAGAGCAGCACAUGUCACCAAACACAGCUUCAGUCUGAUCAGUUUUAGUAGAAAUUGUAGGCAUUGAAUGGCCUGCACUCUGCUUCAGCACCCUGUGUAUCCACAGAAAAUAUAUUUGUCUGUUGUAAACUUUCUUAACUAGUCUUAGGAAACUAACACUGUGCUUAGCGUUGCAGCAGUGCCAUGGCCUUUCAGUGAGUUUUUAAUAAAAUGUUUUUUGUUUUUUUUAUCAACUAAGCAAGUUGAGUUUAAGUAAAUUGGCAUGUUUUUCAGCAGUGUGUGUGUGUGUGUGUGCCAUUUUAAUUGCUAUUCAGCACUAUGGUUUGUACCACCUGGUAGCAUCCUGGAGCACUAAGCUGAACAAAAAUGAACUUCUUCUCAGACCUAAAAUUUUCCUUUGGUUGUUCAACUUAAAUCUUGGCUGUGUGAUUGAAAAAUGUCUUAUGAACUUGUUGGAAUGACGGGCAGGUUUUAGUUCCGAGUUUGCAGGUGCUGAUAUUUUACUAUGUGGCUUUGUGAGUGUCGAGAAGUGAAAGGGAUGUGGAGGAGCUGCCCCUAAAAUGUUGCUCACAAAAGUGAAAGCCUCAAGUUUACAUAUGAGGUGACCUCUGACCCUGUGCCUUGUUGUUGUUUAUGUGUGUUAUGAAAAGGCCUUAAAAAUACUCAGCGGGUCAGUUCAAAGAUAUAUUACUGAUGUGUGUCAGUCAGAUGUGUGGCUACCUCAAAAAUACUUUUUUUAUCACUGUGUGCUCUGUUGUACAAUAACAUUAUGGCUCUGUGAUUUAUUGUGAGUUUCUCUGUAUAGGGAGAAUCCUCUGAGCGGUGUCUUCUGCUUCUGACAUUAACAAAGCACUGUUACAAUAAGAUAUCUUGGCUUUUGAAAGGAAAGACUGAAAUAAAGUGAAUUAAAGGAUUACAAGUAACGACUUUGUCGAUUAUUACAA